AUGGAGGAGCAGGGCAAACCAACUGUGGUAUUUCAUCCGAUUAUUUCCUCCAUACAAAAAAUUGCACUGUACGAGACAAAAUCUCGAUUUUAUCUAAUGGGUUCGAACAAUACUUUAACGCGUUUUCGAGUUUUAAAGAUCGAUAGGAUGGAACCGAGAGAAUUGAUCGUAGUGGAUGACAAAAGUGAAUAUACCCAGGAUGAAAUAAAGGAUUUAGUCAACAUGAUAGACAUGGGUAAUCGAACGAGAACUGGACAACGCAACAGUACAGGCGGUGUUGCGCGUGUUGUAUCUGCUUUUGGAAUUGUUGGCAACAAUAGUAAAGAACCUGCACCCAGUACGAGUAGAUCAGAGGAGCAACAAGAAUCACAAAAGCCGCUGCACAAACCAACGCAAACUAAAUUUACCUGGAGGAACAUGUGGCAGAGAAAUACUUUUCCCAGGCUAGUGCCAGCUUUUGGUCUUCUUGGCUUCGUGCGUUUCCUGGAGGGCUAUUACAUCAUCCUGGUUACGAAACGUCGGCGAGUUGCGGUCGUUGGUCAUCACACGAUUUACAAAAUCGAGGACACCGCGAUGAUAUACAUACCGAACGACAUCAUACGGCUCUUCCAUCCGGACGAGCAGAGAUACGUAAAGAUGUUCCAAAGUAUCGAUCUCAGCAGUAACUUUUACUUCAGUUACUCGUACGACAUGUCGCAUACUUUUCAAAGUAACAUGUCACCACCGAGGCAUAUUAAAUCUGACGUCUCCACGCCGGCCGGCCGCAAGGAAUCUGACGAAUCGGAAGACUCGGAAGAUUUCUUUAACAUGUGGGCAUUCAGGAAAGAUUGGCAGGCCAGACGGGAAGACGAGAAAUAUGUGGAUUACGGUAUCCGUAGCAAUCCGCAUCGCCGCUUCGUGUGGAACUCUCACCUUCUGAGGCCCGUGGAAAAGGAUCUGCAUCCUGACUGGAUACUGUACAUAAUACACGGCUUCAUCGGUCAGUCGAACGUGAGCAUCUUCGGCAGAUCCAUGUACGUUACUAUUAUCGCAAGGAGAAGCAACAAGUACGCGGGCACGCGAUUUCUAAAACGCGGCGCAAAUUUCGACGGAGAUGUUGCCAACGAAGUGGAGACGGAACAGAUCGUUCACGAUUCUGCCGUGAGCUCAUUGAGCAAAGGACGCUUCAGCUCUUUCGUGCAGAUGCGCGGCUCGGUGCCCGCUCAUUGGAGUCAGGACGUUAGCAAAAUGGUGCCGAAGCCGACCAUAACUUGCGACCUGGCCGAUCCUUACGUAGAAACGGCAGGUGCACAUUUCAAUCAACUGUUGAGAAGAUACGGAUCACCGAUAAUCAUCUUAAAUCUGGUGAAGAAACGGGAGAAGAAGAAACACGAGAGCACGUUGAGCGAAGAGUUGAGCAUGGCUGUGAAGUAUUUGAAUCAGUUUCUACCUUUGGAACACCAUAUCCAGUAUAUAAGCUUCGACAUGGCCCGUAUGAGCAAGAGAAAAGAAGUGAACGUUAUGAGACGUUUAGCGAACAUCGCUUACAACGCGGUGUUAAAGACCGGUAUUUAUCAGUCGCACAAUCCGUAUUACAGUCAGAGGUAUCUGUUCUCGCCGCAGAACAAUAACACCAGGAAACUCCACAAGACAAAUUCGAGCUCGACUUUGUCGUCGAAUUUGUGCGACGCCAGAUAUUCCAUUAACAAGACUGAUUGUGGCAGGCGAACGAGUUCCGAUUCCAGCACAUACGUCAAUCGAACAAACGAAUGGAGUCAAGUCGAGAACAAAGUGAGAGAGUGUUUCGCCAGAAGGGGAACUUUGCAAACCGGAAUCAUUCGGACUAAUUGCGUAGACUGUUUAGAUCGCACCAACACGGCGCAGUUCGCGAUAGGGAAGUGCGCCUUGGGAUUCCAGUUGUGUGCGUUGGGUGUAUUGGAAUCUCCCAAGCUCGAGUUCGAUUCCGAUUGCGUGAGAAUGUUGGAAGAACUGUACGAGGACCACGGGGACACUCUAGCUUUGCAGUACGGUGGCUCGCAAUUGGUGCACAGAAUUAAAACGUACAGGAAAACUGCGCCGUGGACUAGUCAGGGUAACGAUAUCAUGCAAACUUUAAGCAGAUAUUACAGUAAUACGUUCAGUGACCAAGAAAAGCAGCAUACGAUUAAUUUGUUUCUGGGAUUGUUCGUACCGGAAGAAGGCAAGCCUCCGAUAUGGGAACUUUUAACGGAUUAUUACCUCCACCACCCACCCGCCUGUCGAUAUCUGCGUAAAACAAAGCUCCUGACGCAGUGGUGGGAUAAAAAUGUGUUGAAGUUUCUCCCUUACGCGCUCGACGAAGUAACCAAGUCUUGCUCGGAAAUGAUACAAGUGCAGAACUCAAUGGAAGAAAUGAUCGAUGUUUAUUACGACUAUCACAGGCCGUAUGAAUUGUCUUUGCUGUCUGAAGUAUAUGCGUAUAAAAUUAGUCACUCUGUCAGAGAUUUUAUGCCGCACUUCACCACCUGCUAUAGUCCAUUUGCCGUCCGUGUGCGUCCAGGCAGACGGAGAGAAGAAGCGGGUAGUAAAAACUUGAAUAUGAAAAAUCCAUCCAUGACCGGCCAGAGUAGUACGAGCAGUACAACGUCUAGUGCGAGUUCGAGCGAGGACUCUAGUUCGGAUGAAGAUGAAAGCCAUCAACAAAUGGACGAUUCCCAAUUAGUAGCUUCCAAGGACAGCUCGGAACUAAUGUCCUUCGAAUCUUUGUUUCCGUCUAUGAAAGAAGUUUACGGCACACAGCCGGAAUAUCCGAAGCGAAACGAUAUAAUUCUCUAUAAGAGAUUUGUCCUAAUAGGACGCAACGCAACGUAUUCCACCGAUCAUACUAAACUACGUUCGAAAUUGAUCCAGCAAACAUCCUUUCCCGAAUCUAUAGUCCCUGUGGUUGCGAUACCUAUUGUUAAAGAUGCGAGCAUUAGCAUAUAUGAGCAAUAUGUGAAAAGAGCUACAAAAGGUGGUUCUGUACCAAAUCCAAACGAUAUGAACCUAUACGAGACUUAUACUACUCAGCACAAACUGUUCAUGGAACGAGUAUGUUCCGGAUAAAUCAACAUUACCUCAAAUCUGUUUUAUAAACGGAAAUAGUGUAUGUAUAUUAGAUGUAUGAGAAAUAAAGCAUUUAAUAUCA